GUGCAGCAUGCGGCAGAGGGGCGGGGAGCUGUUGGAGCGCAGCAGAGAGAGCCAACCUACCUACAUGCUUAUUGUGUAAAUCUUUAAAAAGCAAUUAGCCGCAGCAUCAUCUGAACCUCCACCCCCUCCACUGGCUGGGUGAAAUACAUAUUUAUUUUGGGAAAUAAUUGUUUUCAUUCGGCUCAAGAAAAGGCAGGCAUCCUCCUCCUCCUCAACCAUGACUGACAGGAAAGCUGUGAUCAAGAACGCAGACAUGUCCGAGGACAUGCAGCAGGACGCGGUGGACUGUGCCACCCAGGCCAUGGAGAAGUACAACAUAGAGAAGGACAUAGCAGCCUACAUCAAGAAGGAGUUUGACAAGAAGUAUAACCCCACCUGGCACUGCAUCGUCGGGAGGAACUUCGGCAGCUACGUCACCCACGAGACGAAGCAUUUCAUUUACUUCUACUUGGGCCAAGUGGCCAUCUUGCUCUUCAAGUCUGGCUGAGAAGAUUCUGAUGGGUGUUUGCUCCCUGAACCUAGAUCGGAAAAUGCACUGGUGGCUGAUGUCUCCCAUACACUAAUAACGACAUACCAUAACGAUGCAAACCCAGCCGUGCGCAAUUGCAUGGACUAUACACUAUUUAAUAUGUAUGUUACAGUAAGUUUACUUUUCGACGGUUGCCAUUUGAUUGCAACUGAAGUAGUUUUUGUUGAUGCUGUUAAAUUCUAGGUUGUAAACGAUUUCAACGUGGCCCUUGAUUGUAUAAUAAAGGAAAGCUGUAGAAUGUAGUGGUGCAUCUGCUUUCCUUCACAAGUGGCAUCGCCAGACCCUGUUGUGAGACUCCAUCUGUCGGUUUAGAUGGUAAAAUCGUACUGCGUGCACCAGUUUAACAAUUCAUUAUCAAGAUAUUAACGUGUGAUCAUGAAAAGAAGUUGAACAAUGGGGCAAAAUAGUCUUCAGAUGGUGAGUUAUUUCUCGGCCUUCCUUUGGUUUCCACGUAAACAAACGGCAUGGGUUCAGUUUAUUACUGCUAUUUUACUCAUUUAAAGGAAUUAUGUUGUCUGGACAUGCAAAUGCAAAACCUUUUAAUCUUUUCAAUUUGGAUUUUAAAUAACAUAUCCAACGGAUUUCAGACAAAGAUGUCACAACAUCCGACAAACUUGACAUUUUGGACCGAACACAAGCCAGUGCACACAUUUCCAGGGGUGUUUAGUUUUCACUGUGAGGGACGAUGGAGCAAAGGAAGCUCACAAACACAGACCUUAAGCCUGUAAUGUCCGAGUAACAACACUGCAGACUGGUCACCAAAAUCUUCCAACUCAUCUACCUAGAUUUUAUUCUUGUAAUCUGUGUUUCUGCAUGUUUGGAGGAUAAUUAACACCAUUUCUUUAACUGUCAUCAAACACAAACCUAAGCUCACCUUGAAGCGGAAUCAUUUAUUUAACUUUUGAGUAUGUAGAUAUUGGACUGAGCUUUAGGAACAUCUGCAGUCAACUCCACCGAUGCUAACAACACCCGUGCGUUUCAGAUGGUCGUGUCGUCACGUGUUGCUUGUGAUACUUUCAAGUUGCAUUUACCAUCAAACAUUACUUUUUUUAAAUUUAAUUCUUUUUUUUAUGUGUACUGCCGGACAAGCAGGAAAUACGACACAUUUAAGAGUACUUCUUAAAGCAACUGGAAGGAGGCGCAUCUCUUGUCUUGCGCACUGAUUUGAGGUUUCCUUUUUGUCAUGUCGGCAUAAUUAGUUUGACAGGGCAAUGCAUGUUUGGAUGCUUUAAGAGGGCCGGUUGGAAGGAUUCAGUCCAUGGAGUUGGUUAACACCGCACAUUUCUCGCUAUGUGUAAAGACAAUGUUUUCAGUUGCUAACUCCCAUAAUCCAACAAUGGGUAAAAAUGUGUAUCUCAAGUGUUAGCUUGGAUUGACAUCGAGGGACGUCUUCCUAACUGUUGUCAAUGUAAACUGAUUUAGUAUUGUUUUCCUCUGGCAUGUAUUUUUGCUGUGUACGUGUAGGAGCUGUUCCACUGCUGUUACAUUUGCACAAAACGUGUGCCUGUCAUUGCUCUCAACUGUAACCGGCUUGAGUACAGUUGCACUUCAUUAGAGUUACCCAGUAGGUUGCUACAGAACCAAAAUCGUAUAAACUCGAUAAAAUAAAAAAAUAAUAAUUGUUGACUUA